AUGUCAAUAUGUCAGGAUCUCGGCCUUAAUUUCCAACAUAGAAUGGGCGCAAAUAUAUCACAACUAGAAAGAGAUAUCGGGUCAGAGCAGUUCCCACCUAAUGAACAUUAUUUUGGUUUAGUUAAUUUUGGCAACACAUGUUAUAGCAACUCUGUGUUGCAAGCAUUGUAUUUUUGCCGCCCAUUUAGAGAAAAAGUUUUAGAGUACAAAGCAAAGAACAAGAGAACAAAAGAAACUUUAUUGACAUGCCUCGCAGACUUAUUUUAUAGCAUUGCUACACAAAAAAAGAAAGUAGGUUCUAUAGCGCCUAAGAAAUUUAUUGCUAGGUUGAGAAAAGAAAAAGAGGAAUUUGAUAAUUAUAUGCAACAAGAUGCCCAUGAGUUUCUCAAUUUUUUGAUUAAUCAUAUAAAUGAAAUUAUACUAGCUGAACGCAAUCAAAGCACAUUGAAAGUACAAAAGAAUGCGCAGGGCGAGAACGUUACGUGCAACGGCACGAGCGCGCCCAGCGCUGAGCCCACGUGGGUGCACGAGAUCUUCCAGGGCACGCUCACCUCCGAGACCAGGUGUCUUAACUGCGAGACUGUUAGCAGCAAGGACGAACAUUUUUUUGACUUGCAGGUGGACGUUGGUCAGAACACAAGCAUAACCCAUUGCCUAAAGUGCUUUAGUGACACAGAAACUUUAUGCAACGAUAACAAAUUUAAAUGUGACAAUUGUAGCAGCUAUCAGGAAGCGCAAAAGCGUAUGCGUGUCAAGAAACUCCCGCUCAUACUGGCGCUGCACCUGAAGAGAUUUAAGUACAUGGAACAGUACAAUAGGCAUAUUAAAGUGUCACACAGAGUUGUGUUUCCAUUAGAACUGCGGUUGUUUAAUACGUCGGACGAUGCAGUGAACCCAGACAGGCUAUACGACUUAGUGGCCGUAGUGGUACACUGCGGUUCUGGACCCAACAGAGGACAUUACAUCAGUAUUGUGAAGAGCCACGGCUUCUGGCUACUCUUCGACGAUGAUAUGGUAGAUAAAAUUGACGCAUCAGCUAUAGAAGACUUCUACGGCCUAACUUCUGAUAUCCAGAAAUCAUCAGAGACGGGAUAUAUAUUGUUUUAUCAAUCUAGAGAUGCUAGUUGUUAA